UUAAUACCUAUAGAAAAAUAUUUCCGUUAUAGUUCUACUUACCGCAUUUCGUCAAAUAUUUCAAACGAGAAAAGAAAGAAUAGUUAAUUGUUUUACGAGCUUUUAUGGCUUUCUGUGAGACAAGAGACUUGAAUACAAAAGAAUAUAAAUCUCCGCUUAGAAACUUACUAGGAAGCACGUUGCAAAAAAGGAUGCGUUUUUUGUUACCCCCGGGGCCGUUGGCGAAAACCAUUGUUCAGUUCGGAGGACGGGGGAAGUAAUAACUGCAGUAAGGGUGCGUUGUAAUGAAACUUUUACCUGAGGGACCGAUGCAAUGCGGUCUUCAUCUAGUCAUAUAGCACAGCUCGAGUUGUUCGCAUGUUUGUGAGAGUUCAGUGAUGUCUUCCUCAAGGCAGAAUGAUAGCUGUAACUGGUUGCUCGUGGAGUGGAAGAGUGGUGGUCGUGAUGUGGUGUACAUUCGGUCUGUAGUGAGCCCCUUGAAUAAGGAGUUAAGGGCGGGAGAUCAGUUGACGGUGAACCGGCGCGGAGAUCCGGAAGCGGCUACGUUACAUGCGCGCGCGCGCGAGCGUGACGUCCUGGAUACGAUGCUGAAAGAGACCGGGAGGAAGGAGGAAGCAGGUCCUAGCGUCAAACACGAAGACGAACCUGAGGACUACUCCUCAAGCGCCUCGUCUUGGGUGCCCAGUGACGAUGGCGCACAAUCGGGAGAUUCUGCUGGGGAAAAGAACAAGAAAAUCAAAUUGGAACAUUGCAAACGUCAGUAUUCCAAUAGAAGAUCAAGUAAAAAGAUUAUGACUCCUUCGCACAGAGCCAACCCAGUUAUACCAAAGAUUAUGCAGCAAGCCAACUUGGUGAACCGAAAGAGGACAUAUGAUAGCCUUAAAAAUGGAUCUAUCAAUAAAUCAACGCCAGAUUCCACUAGGAGGAACAACCAAAACGGCAAAGGUCAUCAGAAUGUGACUAUCGAUGUGCGUGAACUCAUGAAUAUCAAGAACAGUUUUCAAAUAUUGUUUAACAUGCUUGAGGACUUAAAGCGGCCAGUAUCUUCAGUCAUUAACCAAAGUUCUAACGACCAUACUACGGCUCCUUUCAAACCAGAAGACAGCCAUGUAACGUAUAAUCAGUCAAUGGACGAAUUGAAGGAGGAUGAUGAAAAUAGUGAAAAUGACGAGUUCAAUCGUUCGGAUGACAAUGUACUGAUAAGCAAUAAGUACACAAAUGUUGCUGUAAAGACAGAUCAGAACAAAGGGUCGGGAAAAGAUGAAUGGGUACCCAUUGGAAGUGGAAAGACUUUAAUACACAGGGACCAAUUCAAGAGAGUCAAUUGGAAGUCAUAUACCAUUGCUACGAGGACCCUACUCCUGGCAGUGUUUCCAAGAAGGAUACUGGCAACACACUCUUUAACUGGCAAGAGAUCGCCUGCUUUUCAAGACAAGCCCGCCAAAAUGUGUUUGGAUCCAAAGAUUAUAUCUGACGUUAUUAUGGAAAUUAUGGAUAGAUUCAACGUAAGGGAGAACCUAGUCAGGAGUAUUAUCACAACCAAGUGCGCCGAUGAGUGCAAAAUGUGGAAAACUCGAGUCAGUAAAAACAACAAGAAAAAAUCAAAGAACCACGAAAACAUACCGCCGUCGAAUAAUAACUUAGAAGAUCAAAAAGUUAUGUAGACUGAUGUUCUAUGAAACAUGCAUUAUAGGCUGUGAAUUGUCUUUAUUUAUGAGAAGAAACGCCAUAUCCCAGUCCAAUUAGCCUAACCUAUCAAUUAGUUACUACGCCUACAUACUUUUGUGUAUUAACAUACAUUAUCUGGGAGUAUUAAUGGAUUAGCACCUACUAUUUAUCAAAUGUAAUCAAUACCC